CCUGCAGUCUGCUCUCAUAUCUCAGCUUUUACAGUACGGAUGCGUGUAAGGAGCUCAAUAUUACCCAGCAGCACUUUGCUGUCUGUAAAUUAAAGUUUUAAUGCGGUAAACUUGACGCUGCGUCAACUUCACGGACACUCCGAGGGAAGUUUACGUUUACGUUAUCUGACCGGAUAAAAGCUGCACAACCAGUCGUUUAGGCAUAAAAACACAGAUUUAUCGCAAAAAACCCGCCAAGAAACAUGACGUGAGCUGAACAUGGAGUCAAAGAGAAGUGUUAAAGUGAGUUUUCCGGCUGACCGAGUCUCUGGCUGAGAGCCAGCUGAAGGUCCGCAGGUGAUUCUUCAGCACACUGUAUGUUCAUACAAGGUUUGCAUUCUGACCUGCAAGCCAAUGUAAGUUGUGCUGAGUGACUGCGUGUGAAAGAGGGACCAUCACCAUCCUCAUGUCCUAUGGAGGAGGUUUUUACGGACGCACUGAGCGUGUCCGCCAGGCGCCCCACUAUGACCAGGUUCCCCAAGGCUCGCUACCCCGAGCAGAUUCCUACGACCUGCAGCCACUGAGGGAGCAGCGAGCGCCUCAUCUCGCUCAGAGCGCUGACCCUCUUCCACCUCCGCCGCUGCCUGACCAGCCUCCCGUGGGCCCUGAGUUUGAUCCCAGUGGCAGCGAGGACAAUGUAGACCCAGACCCCGACCCUGCCAUCGACAUCAAACCGGUCCACCGCUUCAUCCCCGACUCCUGGAAGAACUUCUUCAGAGGUAGCAACCGCAGCAGCAGCAAGACGUGGUCCAUGCCUGCCUCCUCAUACAACAACAACAACAGCACCACCGAGGGAGUGCGCUGCUCCCCCCCACAUUCCCCCUCCAUUCCCGGAUCAUACCGGGAUCACUAUGGCGGCUCAGGUGGCAGCUACAACUCACGCAAGGAGCUUCUGGAAGCACGGGAUGGCCAUGAGUCCGUGUCAGGGCGCACCCAUCACACCGGUCUGACCUACAGCGAGCGAGUGGAGGAGUACCAUCAACGCUACGCCUACAUGAAGUCGUGGCCGGGGCUGCUGAGGAUUCUGGGCUGCGUGGAGCUGCUGCUGGGAGCAGCUGUGUUCGCCUGCGUCUGUGCGUACAUCCACAAAGACAACGAGUGGUUCAAUAUGUUUGGAUACUCGUCUCCUGGAGGAGCGUACGGAGGAGGUUUAUACGGUGCCAACACAGGUGGAUACUACUACACUGGCCCCAAAACACCGUUUGUCCUGGUGGUGGCAGGGCUGGCCUGGCUCGUGACUGUGAUUGUAUUAGUGCUGGGAAUGACCAUGUACUACCGCACCAUCCUGCUGGACUCCUCUUGGUGGCCUCUGACUGAGUUCGUCAUUAACCUGGCUCUGGCGGUGCUCUACAUGGCAGCGGGCAUAGUCUAUGUCCGAGACACGACUCGCGGAGGACUCUGCUCCUACCCAGUCUUCAACAACGGCAUCAAUGGAGCGUUCUGCAGGACGGAAGCAGGCCAGACGGCUGCUAUUAUCUUCCUGUUCGUCACCAUGGUUGUGUAUCUGAUUGGAGCCAUCGUGUGUCUCAAGCUGUGGAGGCAUGAAGCUGCUCGCAGAUACCGGGAACAGUACGGUCACGAGAUGCAGCCGUCUGACAUUCGAGCUGGACGGUCACUGAUGGUCCCAGUUUCUGAUCCAGCUCCCAGAACUCCAGAGCAGGUUCAGGGCUCCUCAGUCAUUCCCAUCCAAGCUGCACCAAAAGCUGCUCCUGCAAAGGUUUUACAGGGAACUAUACCAUCAGGACACAUUCCAAAGCCUGUUAUUGUCCCAGACUACAUUGCUAAGUACCCAGCGAUCCGGUCAGAUGACGAGCGGGACCAGUACCGAGCUGUGUUCAAUGACCAGUACGCAGAGUACAAAGAGCUGCAUGCAGAUGUGCAGGCAACCCUUAAGAAGUUUGACGAGAUGGACGGCAUGAUGCGCACUCUGCCUCAGCACCCCACCAGCCAGAUGGAGGUGGAUCGCAUCAACAGAAUCCUGCAGGACUACCAGAGGAAGAAGAACGACCCCACUUUCCUGGAGAAGAAGGAGCGCUGUGAGUAUCUGAAGAGCAAACUGUCGCACAUCAAGCAGAGGAUCCAGGAAUAUGAUAAAGUCAUGGAGUGGAACGACGGAUACAGCUGAGCCUCCAAGACGUCUGUAUGCUGCAACGCAGAUACUGAACUGCUUUUACCAGCUGGCCACAGUGCUGGUGGAAAUGACCAACUUGAUGUGGAGAAUGAAACCCAGACAAAACCACAUGUGGGAUUUCAGACUGUUUUGGGAUCUGUACAGCAGUCAUCUGGGAGAAACACUUCUAUCAGCACCUCUAUUAUAUUUCUAUUAUAUUUCUAUGUUUGUGUUUGUUUAAGCCAAAAGAGGCAGAAUGUUUUAUACUUAGAGGAAUCAUUUAACAUUUUGGAGGAGUUUUCAAAGGAGAGUUAGAUGACAUGAUGAUCUGCUCUCAUAUGUAGCCGGUUAGCUUAGCUUAGCACAAACAAAGCUAUUGCCACGUCAGUGUGACCUUCCCUUCAACUGCUUUCCAGUCUGUUGACAUGUAUUUUGUCCAUCUGGCUGCACCACUCCAGCUGUUAUGGUGGUUUAUACUAUAGUAUCUUGUACAGUUUUUAACUGAUCCCAGUGCUGUGAGUGUUCCUUUAGGUCCCUGUCUGCAGCCAACACACUUCUUGUAUGACAUCAUGCAAGGGUCCAGCUUUUCCUUGAUAAUUAACCAUACAGAGUAACAUCUCCCCUUGAUCAGUUGGCCAACCUGUGUUUCUGCAGGGUUCCAUUUUUAAUACACUGGGUCAAGUGAAUAAACAAAAAACAGGUCAAAGAACUUAGUGUCUUUUGCUGGUAGCUUGGCUAUUUGAAAUAGUGGGACCCUGCAGGCAUCCUGGACAUUUGUGGGACUGCAGGGAUGCCCCAGUAGACCCUCUCUAGGGCCACUUUGAGGGUGGAAACUAGUACCUGUUCCAGGUUAGGUGCUUCUGAUCAGCUUUGAAAAACUGCUGUGUGGGGCUCAUUGCUUAUUGUUAAAAUUAAGAAAAUAACGAGCACCAUUUUUCUGUCCUCUUCCAGUAGCAGUCCUGUUCUCUCCAAUGUCGCCAUCUUCAACGUAAAAUUCACCAAAUAGACUAACAAAGCAAACUUGCAUUGUUCUGUUUCCUACAUAGAAUGAGAGUUACAUCCACUACCUACCAUUUUUUCUUGUUUUGACUCAGAGUUAAUGUUGUGGUCGAACCUGUUGGAUCCUAAAUUGCAGUGGAACAGAAACGCUAAAAGGGCAGACUUCUGCCUUAAACAUUCAUAACACCUUGUGCUUGCCUCGACUUUCUGCAUUGGAAAGCCGCCUAGAGUCACAUCGUAAAAUGAAUCUCCCCACAAAAUGGGCAAUCUGGAUUAUCCUGAGAAUUUAGAUGUUUUAAAAAAUGUUUUUCCAAUAGUGUGAGCCAGAGUCCUGCACCAGUCCACUUGAGCAAACCCACAUUUGCAAUGCUCAGUACUGGAACCAGCUGUUUUCAGAACCACUCAGAUCAUGAUUCACGAAAAACCACCUCAUGUUGCACAUGUGAGUGUUUUCACGUCCCCUUUUGCUGUCGACUCAGCUCAAAUUGGAUGGUACCAAAAAAUGUACCAGGUACCUUCCACAGUGGGGGAAAAGACUGAGUGGAGUCGAACCGUGCAGCAGAAAUAAGACUGAAACAGGGGAACCCCAUAACAAAUAUCAGAUAUUAGCAGCUCUAAAGUUCACUAACUACCACAUUACAGCUUGUUCUAGUGUUAAAAUAAGCACUAAACACUAGGUUAUGUACUAUCUGUAUGAGAGUGUUUGCUUAGAAAUAGAAAUAGUUAUACAUAACCCCGUGUUAUUAGAAAUACCAUGAGUUUGUGAGUUGUAGAGCUGCUUGUAUGAGGAUUUAGUUUUUUUCCUACAGAGCCAAGCUAACUUGCUAACUGUUUCCAGUCUUUUUGUGAAGCUAAACUGUCUCCUGGCUGCAGCUUCAUCAUUUAACAGACAGGUGAAAAACCACAAAAUGUGAAAUUAUUCCUUUAAGAUGGUCUGAAUAUGCAAUUAACUCUAAACUAAAUAUAUAUCUGAUACUGUGACUGUAACUGUUGCUGAGACUGUCCAUUUAAUUUCACAAAUGACACUGGAUUUAGAUGUUUGAAUGAAAAUGAAAUGUAAAAUAAAAAUGCUGCAUUAUUUCUGUACAGAUUUACCUCCUCUGUCAGUCUGCCUGGCCACCUUCCUGACAGUCUUUUUUUUUUAACAUAGAUGUCGCAACUUUUCAGCCUCAUGAAACCACUGCUUAUCCAACUGAAUCCACUGCGAGCUGCUUUUUUAAACUGCUGUGCCGACUGUUUGGAUUGUUUUAUUUGCACGCUGUCUUUUAUGUAUCUCUGUCUCUCAAUCCGAAAAUAGUACUCAAAAUGUCAUUUUUGUAACACUGUUCGACCAUUUCAUAGAGUAAACAUUUUGUAUUUUAUAGGCAUUUAAAUACCGGAAGUGCCUGUAUAUCUCCAUUUAUUUGCCCUAUAAAUUUCUCAGUAGAAUGGAAAUUUAGUCACGAGGUUUGCGUUCCUCUGUGAUUGUAAAUAUGUUGCUGUAAAUGUCCUUUUUCUUUCAUAAUUUAAGUGAUCAAUCGGUGCUUUGUGCUCUCAGAAUACAAUUCUGCUUAUGCACUGAAAAUGUGGUUCGUUUUCUUUGUUCAUCAGCAAACGGAUAUGUGAAAUAAAAGCACUAGAUCAGAGGUGAAACAGCUGAGUAAUCGACAUAACAAACAAAAAGUCAUUUUUAUAACAGGCAUUUUUCAGGCAGCAACUGUUGCUUGAGUAAAUGGACAAUUUUUUGGGCAAAAUAUUAAUUAUUAAUGACUAACUGUUUGCUGCUUACUGCACCUCAACAAUUACAUAUUGAUCAUUAUAUUCAGCUUAUGUCCUCUGUAGUAGAAUUUGAUUUUAAAAUCUGAGUGAGCCUCUUUCUUGAACAUGAGUUGUUUGCAUUAUUUUGUGAGUCCCAAAAGUGAGAAGAUAAUGUUAAAGAUUAUCAGACAAUAAUUCCCAAUAAUAUAAAGAAAUAAUAGAAGAAGAAGAAUAUUCUUUUCACCUACAGAAAGUUGGUAACAGAAAAGUAAAGAUGAUUUGAAUUAAUAAAUGAAUUUGUUUGACCAGUUUAA